AUGAGCGCUGGAACCACAAAUUCUGUCCAACGCGGCAGAAAGCUCAGCAUCCUCACGACAACGCUACCGGUCGUUGACUUCUACUCAGACGCCAGGACUCAUGGCUACCAAGGACCAAUUCGAACCAUACGUCUACCUCGAGUGACUUCCAGUGGUGGUGGAGCUAUAGCGCGGAACGAAGAUGGGACUCACUGCGCGGUGGCUGGUAUGGAUUCCUUGAGGGUAGUAUCUCUCUUGAGUCCAUCCAACCAGUCAACGGAGUACAAGUCCAGUUCGGGGCGUGGUGGGCAGGGCGGACACCGCAUAGAAGCUUCAAGGAACUUCUGGGACGGCGGUGGGCUAACAAGUGCGAGUACCGAUGUCUCAUGGGGUUUCGGCUCGUACGGAAACAAAAUAUUCACCAGCGCCCGGAAUGGCGAGUUCUUCAUGUGGGAUGCCAGCAGAUCUAGUUCCGGCAAAUACUCGAUAGAACGCAGAUCGAAGGAGCAUACUCGCUCGAUCCAUAAACUAGCUGUUUCCCGGUUUUCCUACUAUUGCAUCACGGGCUCUGCUGAUGGGACUGUUAAGUUGUGGGAUAUUCGCGACCUAACUAAACCGGCCUCCUCCGUGCGCCAUCCAACCUCAGUCAGAACGUUGGCAUUUUCUCCUUUCGAGUCGCACCCAUAUCAAGCUAUAGCUGGCUUGGAUAACGGGUCCAUCUACAGAUGGGACUUGAAGAUGGGCCAACGUGGUCAAUUAGACCGUCUUUUGGUAGCUCAUUCCGCCGCAGUGACAUCCCUCGAUUGGUGCAACACCUCCAGCAAUCAUUCUUCUACUGACAUGUCGGGUGGUGGGUUGGGCUGGAUCGUGAGUGGUGGUUUGGAUCACUGUGUAAAGGUAUGGGAUCUCUCUUCGACAAGCCAUCUUCAGCAUAAGCCCACCUACACUCUCCAUCCUUCCUUCCCCGUUCGUCGAGUGAUGUGGCGGCCAUCGUAUCCCUGUGAAGUCGCCGUUGUCUCCAACGCCGAAUUUGGGUCAGGUUCCAACCCAGACAUGGCAGCUCCAGACGCCGGUAGUGGAACGUCGUCCCCUGACGGCAGAGACAGAGCCUCCAUCCGGACCAAACAGUACGCUGGCGAUCCCAUCGAGAUAUGGGAUAUUCGCCGCGGCUGGAUCGCGAAGUGGUCUGUCAAUGGGUCGGCCAGCGAAGGCGGAGUCACAGACAUCGCGUUCGGCGACUCGCAUGCGAUAUGGGCUCAACACUCGUCGGGGACUUUCGCGCAGCUGGACCUGCGUAAUUGCACGAAACCACUCGACUCCAUUCCUCGCGUAGCAGUGUCUUGGGCAGCCUCUGGCGCGCUGGCCCUCGUCUCCGACGCGAAGCCUCGCCGAGAAGUUCCAUACGAUGACAUUUCUCCCAACAAAUUAGUGAUAGCAGAAGAACGGAGGAUGCAUAUUAAGGCCCUCGGUGACUCAGCAUACGCUCCAAAAUCGCAGUCUACAGGUGUUUUCGCUGAUUCGUCUCUAAUGGAGGAUGUCGAUGCCUUCUCCGCCUUGGCCCGAGGAUACGUCCUGGAUGGGCACGAACGAAGGGUUCUCUGUGAUAUCAACGCUAAUGUUGCGUUCCGAGCUAACAAAGAGGUCGCUGCUCAGACGUGGAUGCUGCUAGGCCUGUCAUUGAUUGAUUUGGUGGACGAAAGUCGACCAACUGGUCUGUCAAAGGACGACAGUAGCUCCCAUCAUCUUUGCCAGUCGGCCUCCGCGCCAGUGGCCCUUAGUCUUCAUUCUGCAUCGUCACCGAUAGAUCGCUUCCACAGACCAGAGACAGGUUCUUUGAAAGUCAGCCCGAACCGGCCUUCUACCCCUAGCAAAGAGCGUUCGACCUCUGCCGUUGGGCGAAGUAACUCUGCGUCAACUUCACGACGAGUGACACCAACAUCUUCAAACGCAUCCUCUCCCCAUCUUCUUCCCAAUGCCCUGCCUCCCAUUACGCAAAAAAACCACUCAUUUUCCAAGAGGCGGAGUUCCUCUGGCCUGGGGGUGCGACAAAGCUCUCUGCUUCGACGACAAUCUAUGUCGACCAACGGUCCCGUCAUGUCCAGCCCUAGUAGCAACAGUCUGAGACACGUCGGGGAGGGUGCUCUAGACGACUCUGACUCCGAAUCUGAGAGCGACGAUCUCCAUGACGGCCCCGUGUCUAGCGAAGAGGAGCCUCCAGCUCUACCUCCCUUGAUCUCACCCGCCAUCGGCACCUCAAGAGUCCCUGUCCACCCCAGCCCCCUUUCACAGAUUGCGAGUCGACAGCGUUGGACUGAAGACGAAGACGAUGCGGACUUCUCGGAAGAAGGCUCUCCAUCACCUCGAUCAACUGAUACGGAAUCGGAAAGCUCGGAUUCGCCGCGUCGAGUCACCACAAUGCCUAGAUUAAGAAGAGCGUCGGCGCGAAUGAAGAGCCGGAGUCGAAGUUCUACUGUUGCCUCGCUUGCUGCGCCGAUCCUUUCUCAUACCCUCCUCAAGCAGGAUUCCCAUAGUAGCAUACGCACGGUGACGGCGGGAGAGGUUUCGUUCCGCGAGUUGGGUCCUGCAGUGCAGAUCGCGUUGGAUACCGGUGCGCUUGAGCAGAGGGCGACUGCAGCGUCUUAUGUGGAGUCAAUACUGCCAAUAGAGGAACCUUACGAUCCUGAAAAGUGGACGGAUCGCGGGGCUGACUUAGUUGCUGCGGACGAACAGAGGUAUCGCGAUAUUGCAUGGGAGGCUCUUAGACAAGCCGUAGAGACAUUUGCAGAUCAGGGAGACGUGCAGAUGUGCGCCAUGAUGGCUCUCAUUGCACCCAAAGAACUCGGAAUCAGGCCGAAGCGCGUUAUCCGUUUCGUUGACGCUUAUUUAGACCUUUUGACUAGAUUAAGUUUGUCCUCUUCGUGUGCGUAUGUACGGAAGGUCGUAGAAGCAGAAGAGAUACGCAACCACUCGAAGCUCGAAACCACCAUUUAUACUUUCUGUGGGAAAUGCCGCAAGCCCUUGGUUGUUGCAGCUGGCGCCCCGUCCUUCGGGGAGUUGGUCAAAGGAGGGUUUGCGUACUGUAAGAACUGCAAGUCCGCUUGCGUUACCUGUGCUAUAUGUCGACUACCUGUCCGCUCGCUGUUCUUCCAAUGCUCUGUAUGUUGUCACGGCGGGCACCAAGCUUGCUAUCGUAAAUUCUAUUCCGAACGCCCAAUGGAUCAGAUAAAUCACCUACGACACGAUGCGGUAUACGCCGCAGACGCGAGAGGCAGGCCAAAGCCUACCAACGGCCGGGGAACGCCUCAGCCGUCACCGACGCCGAAGUCAACGCCAGGCGGGAAUGUAGACAAGGCCGGGGGGUUCGCUCAUCCUUGUGCAGCAGGCUGUGGUCAUUUGUGUUGGAUAGCGCGGAACGGUAUACAGGAGACGUGA